AUGUCAUGCGGAUCUGCUCGCUUUGUUGCUGAAGUGGUUGAUGUACUACUUGCUGCUGCAACGGGUAUGCUGCUGCCAAGCGCGAUUUUCGUUCCUUACUUGAUGGAAUUCAAUAUCAACACUCUCGAUUUUCCAGAUACCAUGCUUUAUGACGACGCGGAAUUUGUCAACCUGGUGCUUGAGAAUCGAGCAUUCUUUGCCAUAUCAUGGGGUGAUGCAGUGACGAAAAUUGUUCCUCACGUAAGUGUCUUCGUUUGUCUAGUGGCUAUCGGAUCCAUCCUCGAGAGCGAAGUUCUACAUGUAAAAGAUGCACCAUCUUCGUCACCCCUACAUAAGGUCCGUUCACAGCGAUCUAACUUGAAAGUGGAUUCUCACAGUGCAUCAAAGAAGGCGUCUAAAUCCUGUAAACCAACACGCCGCUUUGAUCAUAUAUACCGUCUCGUUGUUCGAAAUGUGUUUCUAGUGACCGGAGUAAUUGUGACUGUGUUACACUUCAUUGCUCAGUAUAGUACCACCCGCGGUGAUCUGGACCUUAUAGAUAAAAGCUGUCUCCAAAAAAUGCAUCCGUGGUUUUCUCAGAAUUACAGCUGCACCGUGGUAAAAUACAACUGCUACGCGCUAGGUGUAGCAAGUCCACCUUCUGACGCUCUGGGAUGGCUGGAACGUGAGGCACUUCGCACAGUUGUGUUCAUGCAUUGUUCAGGGUUUGUGAUGCCAGAAAGUAUUCGAGAAUUUCCUUUGCUUAUGGGUAUUGAGCUCUGGAAUACGACAAUUGUGAGAUGGGGAGAAGAAUCCGCCUUAUCUGCUGAGCUGCAUCCUGUAAUGCUGUUCAUGAUUAUGUCAUACGUCAACAUGACUGAGGUGCCUACUGGGAUUCUACCCCUCCCAUCACCAGCACGAUUAACGGACCUGGAGUUCAGCCAUACGAAUCUGACGGCGUUACCUGAUAGCGUUGCCGACUCGUGGUCAAUGGUUGAGAUUUUGUAUCUUGAGCACUCUCUGUUUGAACAAUUUCCUAGUGUAGUUAUGAAGAUUCCAGUCUUGAGUGAGCUCUCACUCAUCGACAACAAGAUUGAAUCAAUGCCUGGUGAUUCAUUAGUCACAGCAGCCUCAACUUAUUUCUACGAUUUGGCACUGUCUCGAAACCCUUUGCAAGAGUUACCAGAUGCAAGAAGCGAAACUUUUGAGGUGUCUUUAUUGUCACUGGAAUUUACACAGAUAACAGAAUUGCCGUCGUGGGUGUACACAAGCAUUUUAGAAUCUGUAUCGUUAGGAGGUUCACCAAUGUGCGAGGAAGGCCGUAACGUUAGUCUCACCAGUAUCGAGGUUUGUGGACAAGACGAAAACUCGUGGGAUCCAUUGGGGGGAGAGCGCUUUCCGAUACAGCUAGUUCAGCAAUUGAGAGAAUUCUAA